AUAUGCAUGCCCUUAUACCGUUUAACACUCUGGGUCCACCUUCAAGACUCUGGGCUGUGGAUCAAGCGAACCACCACUCCUCUUCCAAGUAUCAUUUUGACAGGUUCUUUUGGAGGAGCUCCUUCUUUUUUUAACCCAUCCUUUUAAACAAAAUGGCACCAAAGAAGGACGUGAAGAAACCUGCUGCUGCUGCUGCCCCUGCCCCUGCCCCGGCACCUGCGCCGGCCCCAGCCAAACCCAAAGAAGAAAAAAUCGAUCUCUCUGCCAUUAAGAUCGAGUUCUCUAAGGAACAGCAGGAUGAAUUCAAGGAGGCAUUUCUCCUGUUUGACAAAACAGGUGAUAGCAAGAUCACCUUAAGCCAGGUUGGUGAUGUCCUUCGGGCACUGGGCACAAAUCCCACCAAUGCAGAGGUCAAGAAGGUUCUGGGGAACCCCAGCAAUGAAGAGAUGAAUGCCAAGAAAAUUGAGUUUGAACAAUUUCUACCCAUGAUGCAAGCUAUUUCCAACAACAAGGACCAGGGAACCUAUGAAGAUUUUGUUGAGGGUCUGCGUGUCUUUGACAAGGAAGGCAAUGGCACAGUCAUGGGGGCUGAACUCCGCCACGUACUAGCCACCCUGGGUGAAAAGAUGAAAGAGGAAGAAGUAGAAGCCCUGAUGGCAGGUCAAGAAGACUCCAAUGGCUGCAUCAACUAUGAAGCUUUUGUCAAGCACAUCAUGUCUAUCUAAACGGAGCUCUCAAGAACAAGUAUUGUUUAGGAAGACUGGCUGGAGUCCACUUUUAGUAACAUCCAUGACUAACUGUCCAGAUCUGUUUACCAUCUUUCAGAGAAACAAAAGCAAUCUGGAUCACUCUAGACUGAAGGACUUUCUGAAUUUUUAUACACCUUAAGUUUUUCUCUGAAAUAUAUUCAUACCACACAAACCAAAUGUCUGUUGCUCUAGACAACAAAAAUAAAAUAUUGGCAAUCUCAUAUCAAAGCAAUACUCUUUAUUAUCUACCAUGGGUCAACAGGCAUCCUUAAAAUAUCAUAUCAAUAAAAAAUAUUGGUCAGUCUGAAA